AUGAGCAUCCGCUUCGCCCAGCGGGAUGCGGUGAAAAAUGACCUGAAGCAAGACAGGCGCGUGUACUUGGAUCGCCUGGUAGCUUCGCAGCGCGACCGCGAUGAACGGUGGGCAAGGAGAAUGCAGAAAAGCCCCUUCGCCGUAGAUCUGGUGGCAGAAGAUCAGCGCAUUGCAGAGGAAAACCGAGUCCGUGAGAUUGUGGAGAAGCGCCGGGCGAAGUCAGCGGCUGCACGCAGCCGUGAAGCGCACAGCCGGAUUUUCAAGCGCGCAACCGUCGAGUCAGAUGAGCUCGACCAGCUGAGAAAGGAGAAGAGGCAGCUUCUCACCAAUGAGAAGCAGCUGAAGGCCCUGCGCGAUGUGGAGCGGAGCAAUGCCCGAACCUUGCAGAUCUUGCAGGCUCGGCAGCAAAAGCAGCAGGAGCUGCGCAAGAUGCGGCAGAUGCGAAUGGGCAUCGAGGAUGAGAACGACUCUCCCAGGAGAACGAUGUGA